UCGCCGCAGGCCCCUCCUUCGCACCGGCCCCUCCCGAGGUGUGGCUCAGGCCCUCCGUGGACUUCCCUGGAGCUCUGCCUUCACCCCCUACCCCCUAACAGCCGAGUGCCCGCAGUUGAAAGGCGGGUUCUUGCUCGUCCGGGACAGUCUCCUGGCGAUGCUAGUUUUAGAUAAACAGAAACAAGACUCUGCUCCAGCGCUAUUAAAAUGCCAGCAGUCAGGAAAGAAGCUGGAGCGUGAUGGCCGCCGGGACAGGGUUGAUAAAGACAGAAGCGGGGUGAUAUCCGACAAUGAGCUUCAGCAAGCACUCUCCAAUGGCACCUGGACUCCAUUUAAUCCUGUGACUGUCAGGUCAAUCAUAUCGAUGUUUGACCGUGAGAACAAGGCUGGUGUGAACUUCAGCGAGUUCACAGGCGUCUGGAAGUACAUCACGGACUGGCAGAAUGUCUUCCGCACCUACGACAGGGACAACUCGGGGAUGAUUGACAAGAACGAGCUCAAGCAAGCACUUUCAGGUUUUGGCUACCGGCUCUCUGACCAGUUUCAUGACAUCCUCAUCCGCAAGUUUGACAGACAAGGACGGGGACAGAUCGCCUUUGACGACUUCAUCCAGGGCUGUAUCGUCUUGCAGAGACUGACAGAUAUAUUCAGACGCUACGAUACAGAUCAGGACGGCUGGAUUCAGGUGUCAUAUGAACAGUAUCUCUCCAUGGUCUUCAGCAUCGUAUAACACUGGCCUUUUAUAAAUAGCAACAUGACUUACGGAAAAAAAAGACUGAAAAUGCCAAAUCUCUUACCGUUAGUGAAACGGAGCACAAAUGCUGUUGUCUUUAUAUAGUUAAUACUUGGGGACCCAACUGUACAUACGUGGAUCAUCUGAUUAACAUUUUUGCACUUGUAACAAUAGUCAUAUUGCUAUUCAGAUACAGACAUUUGAUUUGGGACUGUUUAAUUGUGCCAUGAGGUAAGAUAUGAUAAUGUUUCAGGUAUUCUGCAUGUCAAACACUUAUCAUGUGCUUUUCUAUGUAGCUCCAAUUCUAUAGUGGAAAUACUUUUAUUAGCCAAUAGGAAUUUUAAAAUAAUACAGAACUUGCACAGAAGGCUUUUCAUGUGCCUUACUUUUUAAAAGGGGUUUAUUGUAUUCAUUUGAAUAUGCAAGGUAUGCAAUAAAGCAAUAUUCCCCUUGUCCCAGGCCAUCUCUGAUGUGCUCAUGAGGGGAGCUUCAAGGGGCUCUGGACACCUUGAGGUCAUUUUCGGUUGUCCACAUGACUCACUUGUGGAAAUGUGUAGAUAUAAUUGGUCCUCUUACAGGAGUGUGUUUAAAUUUCAUAGAACAACUUUGAACAUAAAAAUCCAAAUGUAGUUUA